GCGAGACAGUGAUCAAUUAUAAAUAAAGACAUGUUGUAUAGAGAAUAAUACAUUCAGCUAAUAAAUUUUGAAGAUUGUAUUGGGUCCUUUUGAAUAAUUGCUGAAAAUGAUCAAUUCAAAGAUGGUACCACGGACUAUCGACAAUGUGAAUGAUUCAAAAUUUAUAACAUGUGCAUCUGGUGCACUGUUGAAAGCAAACCAAAAUGAGGCGUGCGAUGGAAGCUUGUGCAUAACAAAAUACGAAUUUUGGGAUGAUCGCUUUCACCUAUCUGGACUCCUUAUACUAUUUAUCGCACUUAUAUUUGCACUCAUUAUACUGCUGAACCAAAACCUUCACUCUGCUUCCACUAAGAACGCCGUCUUCAUGAUUUUAACGUCUAUCAUCAUGUCAAUUGCUGUUGCAUUAUUGAACCCCCGUGGUAGUUGGUACGAACACGUCUUAGCUGCUGCUGUGCCAACUCUGGUGACGAUCUUUGCUAUAGUCAUGGGUUUGAGACUAAAAUAUUCUGCUCAAAAAAGGAUGAUGCUGUUUUUUACAUUUUGCUGUUUACUGUUGGCAUCUGGAAUAGCAUUUUCUGUUGCAGCCGCAGCUUCCAAUUUCCCAUACAAACUUAUUUUCGCGAUUUUGUCGUUUAUUUGUUGGUGUUCUGGGAUGCUUUUUGUGAUCACACUUACCACUUUUUACUUGCAAAGGUGCUUUAUCGUUUAUUUAACUUUCCUAACUUCGUUGGAGUUUAUGAUACUUGUACUGAUUUCACAGUUUCACGUCAAUUAUUGCUUCCAUUGUUGUAAGAACAGCACGAGUACUAAUGCAAAAAUUGUCUCAGAUGAUCUAGCUGUUUUUGUUGAUAAAAUAUUUGAAUAAAAUAAAAUUAAAUUUCCGUGAUUAUCAAUAUAAUGUUCUCGUCAAUGCAAACGAUAAUAACGUUUCUUUUUAUCUAAAUUUCCG